AUGGCAUAUCCUUAUCAUCCGUACUAUCAAGGUGGAGUAUAUGGUUACCAUCCAGGAUAUUCGACUGUAAAUCCAUUAGUCUACCAACCAUAUCACCAGGAUCCUUAUCCACAGUCAUUUUAUCGCGGUCAAUCAGAUCCAUACGGAAAUCAAGAACAAGGAUACCAAGGCCAUCAAGCACUCGUACAAACUCAACCUGGUGAGGAUACGAAUUUACUCUUGUCCACAACUGAAUGGUCAGUGGGUAUCUGUAAUUGCUGUGAUGAUUGUAAACAAUGUAAGUUUCUGCUUUACAGUAUGUCAGAGGGAGAUGCAUCAGUUGCUAAGAAAAUAAAUGAGCCGUUAUCUGGAUGUUUAUGCGUGCCAAAUAUCGUUGCAGUCUAUCGAAUGAAAGUACGAACAAUGUUCAAAAUAAAAGGUGAUUCUUGUGAUGACUGCUGUGUGAGCUGUUUUUGUCCACCAUGUGCUGGAGUUCAACUGAUGCAAGAAUUGAAAAAUAGAGGACUUCCGUAA